CAGCCAUUAUUCUUAUUUCAGAUUUUAAACUAUCUUGAUUUUAGUCUUCUUCUUCUUCUUGUUCUUUUGUCGUUCUUCCUCUCUCUCUCCGCUCGUUAUAUUUCGGCGCGGAUGCGCUUAUCUUUCGUUUCUCUAAUCCAGCGACGUCUCCGACAUGGCAACAACAAGUUCAAGCAAUGGAAAGCGUACCAUCAAGAAGACGACCACGACUCUGGGCGACAUGGACGAGGUGGCGAAAGUUUUCAACAGGUUUGACGCUAAUGGCGAUGGUAAGAUCUCUGCCGCCGAGAUGACUGCCGUUCUUGGAGCGCUCGGCUCCGGCAUGUCGGCAGAGGAGGUGAGAGGUGUAAUGGCGGAGAUCGACAGGGACGGCGACGGCUUCGUUGAUCUUCGGGAGUUCGCCGACUUCCACAGCAAGGCGCUGGAAUGCGACGAUGGAAGUGCUAACAAGGAACUGCGGGACGCUUUCGACGUUUACGAUCGCGAUGGCAACGGAUUAAUUUCGGCGACGGAGUUACAUACGGUUUUGAAGAGUCUUGGAGAGAAGUGCUCCCUCAAGGACUGUCGUCAGAUGAUCAGUUCCGUGGACAUGGACGGCGAUGGUUGCGUUAAUUUCGAGGAAUUCCAGAAGAUGAUGAGGCCUUGAACCAGGGCUGGAAUCAUCAUGUACAUAUUGAAGACGGUAGAUUUGGACUAUAGUUUGAAUCUUGAUUAUUCAUCUGUUCAUAUCGGGCCUUUUUCGUCUCAAAGGUUCCGCUUCUUGGGCUACGAGCGGUGCCAUGAAGCAGUUGAAUGAAAUUCGCCUAUAGCUCUGAACGGCUGCCAUUAGAUGGUCCAUCAGUUCUGAAUAAUUUUUUUUUAGUAAUCUUCCGUCAUGUCUAGCGAUCAUCACAGGAUUGGUAUAUUUUUCCCAAUCGGCGUAAGAAACCAGUUAGUGGCGGUUUGGAAUCAUACGAAGAAAUUGGACGGACACAAUUUCAAUUAUAGACUUUUAAAUAAUUCUUUUAUUUGGAUUUAAAAUUCUAUUACCUUCAAUUUCUUCUAUUAGAGUGUGUCUAGAUUGUUAAAUAUAUAAUUAUUAGAAUUUUGGGAUAUAGUUUUAUUUAUUUUAUUCCCAUCCAUACCUAGAUCACUCUUCUGAGUAUAUUUUUGGAGCUUUGGUUCUCUUUCUUUGAGUUCCCAUAUUGAUUUUCUCAUCAAAAAAUAUGGAAAAGUUUCAUUUAAGGUAAGUACGAAGUCCUUUUCUAUACAUAGUGAGUA